AUGACAUCCAACAUCGCAGAAUUUCUCAACGCUGCACUAAAAGCUGCAAGAAAUCUCCCUAUUGAUAUCUUGGUUGAAUGCCUUAGAAGUUUGGUUCAAAAGUGGGUUUGUAACAACUCAAAUAAUACAAACGGAACAUUCACAAAAGUCUCUACAACAACAGAAAAUGAGUUGAGACAUGACAUUGUUUCGAAAAUGAAGUUUCAAGAAGAUGAAAUGCCUUGUGGGCAUGCAGUAGUUGUAAUUGCAGAGAGGAACUUGGGAGUGUAUGAUUACUGUGCAAAGUUUUACAAAACAGAUACAUUGAAAGCAUUGUAUCAAGAAAAUGUUCAUCCUUUGCCCCAUAAAGAUGAAUGGAAUAUCCCACAACACUUGGACAUAGUGGUGCUCCCACCAAAGGCAACAAUCCAUGCAGGAAGACUAAGAAAUAAAAGAAUAAGAUCAAGAGGAGAACCAAAAGUAAUAAUCACCUGUGGGAAAUGUGGCCAACCAGGACAUAACAGGAAGACUUGCAGGAAUCCUCCAAUUGAAAAGGCAAACAAGCAAAAAAAGCAAAAGACAUAG